UUAAGGCGUAAACAGUCCAAUGUGAUGCUGACUUUUUUUAAAACUCAUGCUGACACAGAGAUAUUAGAAAAUGUUUAACAGCCACAUUAGUGAAAUCAUCGUUUGCAUUUAUCAGUGUCAAACAGUAUUAGGUCACAUCAGCAGCUCAUUAAACACGUGCACUAAUCGUGCAUUAAACACUGUCAGCGAGUGUCGAGACUAGAAAAGCAUGAACAACGAAAACUUCAACCUGAGCGAAAACAUCGUCUCGUCUUCAUAUGUGCGGCAGGGUCUGCAAGCUCGUCGCAGUCAUGAGCAACUGAUCAGAGUCCUCUUAGAGCAGGGCAAAUGUCCAGUGGAAGGAUGGACCGAAAGCACCAUAGAGCUCUUUCUAAAUGAGCUGGCAGUCAUGGACAGUAAUAACUUUUUAGGGAACUGUGGUGUUGGAGAGAGAGAGGGCAGAGUUGCCUCCAGUCUGGUGGCCAGAAGACAUUACAGACUGAUUCAUGGCAUCGGUCGAUCAGGGGACAUUGCUGCUGUCCAGCCUAAGGCAGCCGGAUCCAGUCUCCUGAAUAAAAUCACUAAUUCAGUAGUGCUAGAUGUUCUAAAAUUUACAGGUGUAAGGAGUGUAUCAUCAUGUUUUGUGGUCCCCAUGGCAACAGGAAUGAGUCUCACAUUGUGUUUCCUCACACUAAGACACAGGAGGCCUGGAGCGCGCUACAUCCUCUGGCCUCGUAUUGACCAAAAGUCCUGUUUCAAGUCUAUGGUGACUGCUGGUUUUGAACCUGUGGUAAUUGAGAAUAUUCUGGAAGGAGAUGAGCUGAGAACAGACCUGGAGGAAGUGGAGAGGAAGAUUGUGGAGUUGGGGGCCAAAAACAUCCUGUGUGUCCAUUCCACAACAUCCUGCUUUGCACCACGUGUCCCUGACAGGCAGGUCAAAACCACUGGAAGCAAACGCCCUCUACUGAAACAUACAUUUUACCCCAUAGAGGUUCUACUAGAGGAACUUGCUGUUCUAUGUGCCAAGCAUAAUAUCCCCCACAUAGUCAAUAAUGCCUAUGGAGUGCAGUCAUCCAAAUGUAUGCACCUGAUUCAGCAGGGUGCCCGCAUAGGGAGAAUUGAUGCCUUUGUCCAAAGUCUUGAUAAGAACUUCAUGGUUCCAGUUGGUGGGGCGAUCAUCGCUGGAUUUGAUGACGUUUUCAUUAAGGAGAUCAGUAAAAUGUACCCUGGUCGAGCUUCUGCCUCCCCAUCUCUAGACGUGCUAAUCACGUUGCUCUCUCUGGGGGCCAGCGGAUACAAGAAACUCUUGUCUGAGAGAAAGGAGCUUUACAGCCACCUGGCAGAGGAGCUGAAAGCUCUGUCCGAGAGGCAUGGAGAGAGACUGCUGCACACACCACACAAUCCAAUAUCACUUGCCAUGUCACUGAAUUGUCUCCAGACUCACAAUGAUAAAGCAGUCACCCAGCUGGGCUCCAUGCUCUUCACCAGACAGGUGUCUGGGGCCAGGGUGGUCCCACUGGGUGUGGAACAGACUGUGAGUGGACACACAUUCCGCGGCUUCAUGUCCCAUUCAGAUGCCUAUUCAUGCCCAUACCUAAACGCAGCAUCUGCUAUAGGAAUAGCCAAAGAAGACAUAUCAUUGUGCAUCAAGAGACUUGAUAAAUGCCUCAAGAGCCUUAGGAAAGAAGCUUCUUCAGAAAAGAUCGAGUCAGCAUCACCAGCUGAAAUUUUGGAUGACCUAACGGUUCCCUGAGAAAACUAUAUCAGGACUAUAUAAUCGUAUAAUUCUCUAGAUAAGAGUUUGACAGUUUUUUUCUGAUAACUUGAAUUUGUGUCAAUUACCUUGUGUGAGUUUUGAUAUGAAAAAAAUCAUAUUUUAGUUUCCUCCAUAUGAAACCAAUAAGGAAACCUGUGUUUGAAAGCUGUUUAAUCUGACUGACAAUAAACACAUAAUUAAAAUAA